AAGCAGAAGGCAGGCGGCGGUUUGGGAUUGACUCAAUGUCUUAGCAGCGACCAGUUUAUUUGGCACCCGGAGAAGCAGCGGGCAGGGCUGUGGAGGAUCUCCGGGAAUCCGGACCAGACUCGCAGGCUGAAUAAAGUGAACCUAAACGCGGGGAGGUCCCGGGGCAGGCGGCAGGUGAGCGUCACUCCUUCUUGGAGCAAAGAUGUCUGAGGAGGUGGUGCGCCAGACACGCAGCCAGAAGAGAGCGCUGGAGCGGGACGUACCGACACUCGAUGGAGAUUCCAAACGAGUGAAAAUGGAACCAGGGGAGCUUGGUUCUAACAAAGUGGCAAACAUCCUGAAGGCCGGGGAGGUGAAAGCCACCAUUAAAGUGGAGGUGCAGGCAGAGGAUGAGCCUGUGGAUAUGAGGACACCUCGCAGCGAAAUAAAAAAAGAAAGGCCACCGACGCCAGAUGACGUCAUUGUUUUAUCAGACAACGAGCCUGGCAGUCCACAAGUCAAUGGGAUCAGCCACAGCUUGAAGAAAACUGACACUGAGAUGCUGAUGAAGAGUAGCCCUGAAGAGCGCCAGAGGUUUAUUAAGCAGCUAAAAGAGGAGCUGCGUCUUCAAGAGGCCAAGCUGGUGCUGCUGAAGAAACUCCGUCAGAGCCAGAUCCAGAAAGAGAGCGUAGUGCAGAAGACAACUAAUUCUUCAUCCAACCCCCCACCAUUGGUAAGAGGCAGCAUUUCAUCUGUAAAAGCCCCACUUCAGGUGUCAUCUAACAGGAGCUCAGGCACGGUCAUUCCUCCACCUCUGGUGCGUGGUGGUGCACAGGUUUCCAAGCAUACGUCUAUCGUGAUGCCACCGUUAGUCAGAGGCUCACAGCAGCCCAUUGCCGUGACUCCUCAGCAGAUCGCCACCUUGCGGCAGCAGCACUCAGGCUCUGGUCCUCCUCCUCUCCUGUUGGGUCCUCGCACCUCUGUGCCCAAUGUGCAGGUGCAGGGUCAGAGGAUCAUCCAGCAGGGCCUGAUUCGUGUGGCCAAUGUAGCAAACACCAACGUCCUGGUCAACAUCCCACAGGGCUCACCCACUGGGCUAAAGAGUUCUUCAGGCACCAACGCCUCCUCAGUCAGUGCCAAUGAUUCCCCUGCCAGCCGACAGGCUGCUGCCAAGUUGGCAUUGCGGAAGCAGCUGGAAAAAACCCUGCUGGAGAUCCCUCCUCCAAAACCUCCUGCACCAGAGCUCAACUUCCUCCCCUCGGCCGCCAACAACGAGUUUAUCUACCUGGUGGGGCUGGAGAUGGUUGUGCAGAACCUGCUGGAUCUGGCCAAAAGCAAACAGCAGCCUCAGGCAGGGAGUCCCUCUAUAUCUUCAGAUGUGAAGGAGCCGUUUACGUGUGCUCAAUGUCAUACGGACUUCACCUCUCGCUGGAGACAGGACAAGAGUAAAGGUUCGAUCCUGUGUGAGCAGUGUAUGAGUUCCAACCAGAAGAAGGCCCUGAAGGCUGAGCACACCAGCCGGCUGAAGGCAGCCUUUGUCAAGGCCUUGCAGCAGGAGCAAGAGAUCGAGCAGCGAAUCCUCCAUCAGUCUUCCUCGUCCUCUCCAAAGACCUCGACUGCCUCCUCGUCUUCGUCAUCCUCACCAGUGGUGAAGUCUGAGCCGCAUGUGCUGGUGUCUCCACAGUAUAAAACUGGACGAUCUUCAGUGCCUCAGCAGCAGUCAAACAGGGCAACAACAGUCCAUCGCUACCACUCCAGCACCAUCAAGCAGAAUCCAGGGCAGGUGGUACGUAAUGUGCCCCAGGCGGUGGUCAGCAUGAAUUCGCGUGGCAUGAGCCGCAGCUUCUCCCCGUCCAGUCAGCUGCAAAAUGCGAUCACAGCCGCUGCGCUGGUCAGCAGGCCAGGUAAGCAUGCAGGGAGGGCGGGGCCGAAUAGCAGCAGAGCCCACAGCAGAGCCGCCAGCAGCAGCAGCAGCAGCAGCAGCAAAGCCACUAGCAAUGUCUGGAGGAAACAGAACAGCACUCCCCCAGGUGUGACCAUGGCCUACGUCAACCCCAGUCUCUCUGUGCUGAAGACGACCUCUCCAGCAGAUCGUCAGCGGGAGUAUCUCCUCGACAUGAUCCCGUCCCGUUCCAUCUCCCAGACCACAAAUAACUGGAAAUAACACCUUCCUCACUCACCAGUGCUUCUUUCAUCAUCUCUCAUUAUAGAAACCCUGGACACCAGUUCUACCAGAUAACCAGCUACCAAGCAAUAAAAAGCAUUUCUCUCAGUUUACUGAAGACCUCGUACUCGGAGGGCAACAGAAAUUGAACCUCAGACAGUGAGUGAAGGUGAAGGAUCGGAUUUAACGAUAUGCGCACACACACACAGUGUCGGACUUUUGGACCAGGCUUUGUGUGCAUCAUGUCUGAGCCUCGUUGGCUGCAGUGAUACGGACAAUUCCACUCCGGUGUUGAUGUCAUCUGUGUCCUUCAUCACCACGUUUGUGGUUCUGCUGCUGAUUGGAUUUUUUUUUUUUUUUUGAGGGGUGGGGGUUAGUUAUAGUAAACAUCCCUUUUUCCUCUUGACCAGGUGGAGGUACCCGGGGGCAAAGCAAGGGGUUUAUUUUUUUAAAUAUAUAUCUCUGUGGACCACUAAAUAUGCUUCAGCUCUGUAAAUCAUCUGUUCAGCGUGGCUUACACGUGCCACCUCUUACUAUAGGAGUGUAAAAUAUGCAAUUCUGAUGCUAAUUUUCUUUUUUUUAACCCCACCCCCCUUUUUUUUUCUCCCCGCCCCCCCUUUGAGGGGUCCUUUUUUCUGAGGGCCGACAUGUAAAGGUAUUGUUAUACGAUUAAGGUGGUUUUACAUCUACCAGUUUAGUGUGUAUUUUAAAAUGCUAAAAUAAGUUUAAAAUAGAAAAAAAAAUUAACCAAUUUUUUUUUUGUGGGGGGGUGGGGGCGGGGUGGAUGGGUUGUGGGGUGGGUGGAUGGGGUGUGGGUGGGCGUGUUAGGUGGGCAUGGUUACGGACUUGCCACAUUGGGACUACUGUUUGUUCUUUUUUGCUUUGAAAUGUCCUCUUUUCAGUUCUUCUGGAAAUCGUGGACAUGCUUUUUCUAGAGGGAAAAGGGAAAAGGGUUGGGACUCUAGAAGUUUUUUGGUUAAAUGUGUGGUGUGUGUUUUUUUUUUUUUUUUCUUUUCAUUAUUUCUUUUUAAUGCUUUUAGGUUAUGUUUGUAAAUGGGGAUAUUUAAAGCUGUACAUGGCAAAUGCUUCACUUUCAAUGAAGGAUAAUUGUGUGGUCCAGACUGUUUAAACUACUUGAUCAUCUAGUUUUCCAUAAGAAGUUUGGACCUUUCAGUUGAACAUCUGUGUAAAUGAUUCGGAAGCUGAUUUGGCUGUGCAGGACGGCACACACCGGGUUUUUGCUUAGUGGUGGUGAUGAGCAGGACUGAACAGAAAAAACGGAUAAAAACAUUAUCCAGUCUUUAUACUAUGUUUUUUUUUCCCCUCAUGUAACCGGAUUUAGUUGUUUGUAGUGUUCCUUGGAUUUCAGUACAGCCGGAGGGACCGACAGUCCAACCAUUUUUCUUUUUCCACCUCACUCAAGUAAAUACGUGCAGCCAGAAUCCGAUCAUCUUCUAGUCCCCAUGAGUACAUGGAGGUGGAGUUCUUACUGUUCCUAAGCUCUUCUCUCAUGGUCUGAGCUGCCUGUGGAGUACGAAGGCGUGGAUCAGACUGUGGUUCUGAUUGCUGCUGAUGAGAGCGGAGACCAUUCCAUUGUCCAGGGAUGCCAGCCAGCACUCCAGCACUGUAUGCAUCUCUGUUCUGAACUGUACAAAAAAAAAGAUUCCCCUUUUUCAUUUAUUUUUGGUCUGUUAAUUAUUAUAAUAAAAAAAUCUCAAUUUCG